AUGGCCACAGACCAAGAUAUAGAGAGCGCAACACUAAAACUGCUCGCGUCAACCGAUUAUGCCUGCUCAUCCCUCACGCGACUAAAUGGCGGUACAGCCAAUUUCGUCUACAGAGGCAGAUUAUCGUCGCCUAUUACUUUACCCGGCGAAACCGAUGCAGAAGAGGUUAUUGUUAAGCAUACUACAGAUUAUGUCGCGCUAAAUCGUGAUUUUAAGCUGGCUAGAGAUCGAUGUAUCUUUGAAGAGACUAUGCUCAGAGCACUCAAAACUUUUUCACCCCUCAGUGAUGCUGCGUUACUGGCCUCGUCGAGGAUCACGGUCAAAACGCCCCGGUUGUUGCAUUUUGACUCGGCGACGUAUACGCAGAUCAUGGAGAAUCUGCCCGAGUCAAAGGACCUGAAAAGCUGGCUGCUGUCUGAGCGAGGAAAGAGUAUCUCUGAGCCAGAUGCGCGUGCAAUUGGGCAUGCGCUAGGUGACUGGGUUGCAGCCUUUCAUACAUGGGGAUCUCAGGAGCAGCAGGCUGGGUUGAGGGAGACGAUCGGGCAGAAUACGGAAAUGCAGAAGCUCAAGAAUAUGGUGAAUUACGAGAGACUUCCAGCUAUGGUAGAUACUUACCCUCAUAUUCUCGAGUCUAGCCGUGCAGUCUUUGAGCAAGCGAGAGAAUGCGUGGCGAGGGAAAUUGCCUCGCCGCCGACACAUUCCGGUGAUGGAUCGUAUGGUUUGAUUCAUGGCGAUUUCUGGACGGGCAAUGUGUUGGUUACCGAUCACACGCUGUUCGUGGUGGACUGGGAACUGAGCCAUCUGGGGCUGCGGGCGCUGGAUCUGGGGCAGAUGCUGGCAGAGCUGUUUGAGGCGAAGCAUUUCAAGGAUGUGGACGCGGCGAUCUGGAUCAUGCAGGCAUUAGUCGAGAGUUAUGGGCCGCUCACGCGUGAGAUUGCAUUCAGGGCGGCAAUACAUGUGGGCGUGCAUUUGGUGUGCUGGAGCGUGGUCCCUGGCUGGGGCAGCCGGGAGCAGAUCGAGGAGGUGGUGCGCAUAGGGCGGGAGUUCGUAGUCAACGGGUGGCAGAGAGACGCAGCGUGGUUUAUGCAAGAGGGCACGCUGGGUUUUCUCUUUGAUCGGUGA